GCAUAACUUAGUUUUGUGCUGCGACCUAAGCAUACAUAUCAUAAAGACAGGGAUGCAGAGGGCGGAAGGGCGACUGAUGGCGCGUGAUGGCUACACCGUCGUGCUGAGCCGCGCGCAACGUAAUCUGAUUCCUUUUGCACGCCAACCAACGCGUCAUGUCGAAUGAUCAGGUCAUUUAUCCCCGGGUAAAACGGGCUUCGCAAGAAAUUCCAGGAUGGCAGUGUUGGCGGUUUGGGUGAUGGUGGUUCUAGGCUGGUCCUACUAGAAUGCACGGACCAACCCAGCCAUCACCAACCUCCGCAUUUACAGCCUGCCAGAAAUUACGCAACCCAACGGCUAGGCGAAUAUGGAUCUCAAGUACGAAUACCGACCUGGUAGUUUCCACAUCGAUCUCUUCCAGCACCAGCCGAAAUCCAAGCCGUGAUCGACACUUUUUUUCACGACAGUCAGCAUUCGGACUUGUUCAUACACCUUCCUUUGUUUACCAACACCAUGCUUUUCAACAAGCGGACUCUGGCACUAGCCGCUCUUUUCUCUACACUCGCCAGCGGACGACCGUUUGAUUCAGCAGGAGCAGGAAAGCUUGCCGAGAGGAGCAAGAGUUAUGCGGUUGUCAAUGUUGGUGGAGAUUCGACCGAGAUAUCUGCAACGCCGGCUUCAACUAUCAAGACGACAACGACUGUUGAGGUUGUUGUCCCAGGAGAGACUGUCACUAGAGAGGUGACGGCGACAGUAGUCAAACCGAACCCGGCACCUGCACCUACGCCCUGCCCAAGCUCAAGCAGUGUGGCGGCGUCAUCAUCGAGUUCCUUGGACUCUUCGACAUCAACUCCUAUUUCUUCGACACCUCCAAUUUCUACACCAACCACGCCCACAAGCGUGCCAUCAAAUAGCACGUCGAUACCAACCGAGACACCAAAGCCAAUCUUCAUUGCCGUCACUGUAUCCGAGGAUGAUGGUCCUACAGAGUACUAUGAUAACGGCAUGUGGCACACCAACUACAGGAUAAAGACAUUCGAGGGGGAUGCCGCGGCUGCUCCAACAGCGCCGCCUGCAGCUUCUCCAACAGCGCCGCCUGCAGCUUAAGCGAGAUGUUGGGUGGUUCCUUCUCUUCUUCCUCUCAGGUUAGGCGGUAGGCUGGCUCAGCUGUCUGUUUCUGUUCUUUUGCAGUGGUUUAACGAAGAAGGAGUAAUGGUGGCAUGUCGAUACGCUAGUGCAGCAGACAAGUAUGUAUGUAGACACACAUGGAUCAGGCGUUCUGGGAAUAAUUGUAGCGACGGACGGGUCCUUUGGGCCGCAUGUAUUAUGUACUUUGACUAGAUGGAUAGCUGAGAUGAAUGACAAUGAUUCCACGGCUGCACGUGUGUGUUGAAGAGCAAUAUGCUGAUGGUCUGGUACGGAACAGCG